UCUAGGUGUCGACAGAAGUAUUGUAAGCAGAAGUACAGAUCUCUCCCUCCAUAGAAGCACAGCGGUCUGGCAAAGGAAGACAGUUUUUAAACACGGAACACUGAGGUCUAACACCAAGAAUGACGUUUGUGUUUUGGGUGUGGAGGCCCGGUAUCAGUGUGCUGCUGCUCUUGUGUGUGUGUGACGGAGCAGAGGGGGUGAUCAGGCAUCACUGUGACUGCUAUGAGGAGGAUAUGUAUGCACAGAAAGACAUCGGAGGGUUAAUUCAGUGUUCCCUUAAGCCUGGCCUGGGACCCUAUGCUGAGUGCACACGGAUGACUGACCUCAGGUCUGGGCUGGAGGAGGUGUUUCCUGAUGUGCGUUCUCUUUGUAUCCUUCACUCCGCCUCCUCCCUGCCUGCAGACUCCUUCUCUCACAUUCCCCUCCUGGAGCACCUCUAUUUGGAUGGCUCACACCUGGCAAAGGUGACCUCAGGGGCCUUUGCUGGUCUGCCCAAACUAAGGUUCCUUUACAUCCUCGUCUCCUCCUCCUGGGGCGGAGUGAACGUCACUCUGGAGCCAGGGGUGUUCCAGGGCCUGUCUAGCCUGGAGGAGCUCACCCUGGCUGGGAUGAGUCUGGCCCUGGCCCCCCCUGCUCUGCUGGAUCCCCUGGUACGGGUGAGGAGCCUGAGGGUGGACCAGGCUGGAGUGAGAGACCUGGGGGAACUGUUCUGUCUCCUCUCCCCUGGGAUGGAGAAACUAGAGACCCUGGAGCUGCCCGGCAGCAUGGUCAGCUCCAUCCAGAACAGAGGCUGCUCUGGAUCCAAUCCGUGGCCCACGGUGCUCCUGUCCAGGAUCCGGAUCCUGGAUCUGAGUGGAAACCCGGUGCGGAGAGUAGAGCCGAAUUCUCUGUCUGUGUUCCAGAACCUGUCCAGUCUGUCCCUGUCUAUGGUGGAUGUCUGGGUGGGCCAGCUGUGGGGGUCUGGCAUGGGGAGGGUUAACAGGCUCUACCUGUCCAGUUACACCUUGAGACAGUUCACCCCCAGCCUGUCUGACCUGUGUACUCUGGUAGUAAAACAUGGAGUGGAGUCCUUGGAUCUGCACCAGGCCCUGAUCACAGCCUUCACUGCAGAGGUCAUGAAGAGGUGUGGUCCUGGUCUGAGGCAGCUGUCUGUGACUUCUGAGGAUCUGUCUGGUAUGGACCUGGGGUUCUGGACUGGUACCGGUCAGAUACAGGGUCUGAUUAUGGUCCUGACCAAGCUGACCAACGCCUCGUUCUGCUCUGCAGGGGGAGGGAGGGUGUGGAACCUCACCUCCCUCAUUCUCCAUGGCAACCACCUCACUGAGAUCACCACUGAUCAGUUCUCCUGUAUGCCCCUGCUGGAGCGUUUGGAUCUGAGUGGGAACCAUAUCUCCUCCCUGGCCCACCGGGCUCUCCAGGGGAUGCCGCUCCUCCGCGUCCUCGACCUCACCCACAACAAAAUCUCCCUGCUGGGAAAAGACGACUUUGAGGGUCUGCCUGCUCUAGAGGUUCUCCUCCUGGAAGGGAACAAGAUCUCGGGGGGCAUCGCUCAUGGGGUGUUCCGUAGACAGCAUCGACUCCAAGACCUCAGCCUGGGAGAGAUAGACAUUAUCUACCAGCUCUACCUCAACAUGCUGUUCCUGGGCUUCCCCACCAAGCUCCAGCACCUCCUCAUCGACACAGGUCCAGGAACCUACCUCACCGUAGGCCAUGUUCCUGCUCCUGAGUUCCCCAUGGUCCUGGAACUCAGAGGGAAGAUGAUCCAGUCCUCUGACUGUGACAACAACAUGUUCCCCAUGGUCCGAGAGCUGAAGGUGGGCAAGGGGACAACAUUUGACUGCAAAAACCUUUUCCUGGCCCCCUACUUCCUCAACCUGGAGUCGUUUGAGUUCUCAGCCAACCCUGAGAAGUUUGCCACCCCCUACACCACCAUCAACCAGCUACGAAAGCUGAAGAGGCUCAAACUGACCAACCUGAACUUCUCCAACCACACAGACCCCAGUGUUACCUUCAGGAACCUGACGGAGCUCAGGAGCCUAGUGCUGAUCAACUGUCGUCUCAACUUCCUCACCAGGUCCAUGUUUACAGACCUGGUGUCUCUACGUGUGUUGAGGCUGUACAGUGAGAGCCCUCUGAUCCUGUUGGAGGGGGUCUUCAUUCCCUUGCUGUCUCUCUCCUCGCUGGUCUUUGACCAGGUCGACUUCCGCUGUGACUGUUCCAACGGCUGGCUUCUGGACUGGGCCGACAACUCUCGUAAAACACAGGUGGUGCUCCUGCAGCAACAGCAGUGCAUCUGGCACUACCAGCGACUCAACUUCCUGUCCACCAUGGAGCGCCUCUGCCAGACCGAAGACGACUUCCUGUCCUAUGUCUCCACAACAGCCACUGUGUGCACCCUCCUGUGCUUGGCGCUAGGAUACCGAUUCCUCCGCUGGCCCUGUGUCGUUCUAUUCUUUCGUCUGAGAGGAUGGGUGGAGCGACGUGUGGGGAAGAGGUGGUGGAGGAGGAAGAGGAGGAUGGGAGGAGAGGGGGAGGAGGGAGAGGAGAAGGAGGAAGAGGUGAGGUAUGAUGCGUUUGUGUCGUUCAGCAGUCGUGACGAGGCGUGGGUACUGGGAGAGAUGGCCCCGAUGCUAGAGGAGGAGGGGGAGCCACGACUACGACUGUGUCUGCACCACCGAGACUUUGAGGUAGGGAAGGGCAUCGUGGAUAACAUCGCUGAGAACAUCUACUGCAGCAGGAGGACGGUGUGUGUGUUGACAAGACGCUACCUGAGGAGUGACUGGUGUGGCCUGGAGAUGAGAGUGGCUACACACCGCCUGUUGUCUGAGCACAGCCACAGACUCAUCCUCAUCUUCCUAGAACACAUCUCCCCCUUCGAGCUGUCCGCCUUCCACAGGUAA